GGACAGUUUUAAUUCCAGGAACCACUCAGCUGACCCAGAAAGACAUUCUCUACAGACCGCAAUCUUCGAAAGCCAAGUGCAUUAUUACCAACGAAGUUUUAGCCCCAGCAGUAGAUGCUGUUGCAUCUAAAUGUGAAAAUCUGCACUCCAAGCUAAUUGUGUCUCAGAAACCCAAAGACGGGUGGGGGAACCUCAAGGAGAUGAUGAAACGCGCCAGUGACAGCCACACCUGUGUGAAGACAAAACACGAUGAGAUGAUGUCCAUUUACUUUACCAGCAGAACAAGAGGAUCCCCUAAAAUGACUGGACACACUCAUAGCAGUUUCGGUUUAGGAUUAUCUGUAAAUGGAAGGUUCUGGCUGGAUUUGACUCCUUCAGAUGUGAUGUGGAAUCCCUCAGACACAGGCUGGGCAAAGUCAGCAUGGAGUAGUGUCUUUUCUCCAUGGAUCCAGGGAGCAUGUGUAUUUGCACAUUAUUUGCCUCGUUUCGAGCCAACUUCCAUCUUGCAAACACUUUCCAAGUUUCCCAUCACAGUCUUCUGUUCAGCACCAACUGCAUACCGAAUGCUUAUACAGAAUGAUAUGACCAGGUUCAGGGCAGGCUCCCCCAAGCAAGAAGAGGAAAAGGAGGGUUCAGCCAUGGGUAUUUUAGAUGUAAAUGGCAAUGUUCUACCUCCUGGACAAGAAGGAGAUAUUGGCAUUCAAGUUCUACCUAACCGACCAUUUGGCCUUUUUGCUCAUUAUAUAGAUAAUCCUACAAAAACAGCUUCAACACUACGAGGCAAUUUCUACAUCACUGGGGACAGGGGCUAUGUGGAUUAAGAUGGCUAUUUCUGGUUUGUUGCAAGAGCAGAUGAUAUCCUAUUGUCCUCUGGUUACAGAAUUGGACCAUUUGAGGUGGAAAGUGCCCUGAUUGAGCAUCCUGCAGCUGUAGAGGCUGCUGUUGUCAGCAGCCCAGACCCCGUCAGGGGAGAGGUAGUAAAGGCUUUUAUUGUUCUGGCCCCUGAUUACAUGUCACAUGAUCAAGAACAACUAAAAAAGGAGAUUCAGGAGCAUGUAAAAAAAACUACAGCACCUUACAAAUAUCCCAGAAAGGUAGAAUUUGUUCAAGAGCUGCCAAAGACUAUCAGCGGGAAGAUCAAAAGAAAUGAAUUGAGGAAGAAAGAAUGGGAAACAAUUUAA